GACACAUCCUUUAAUUAUUGACUGUAAUCGACUUAGCAACAAGGAAGAGUCUCCUCCUCCUCCCCUCCCCUGCCCUCCGAGACAAAAUGCGUCCCAGCCGCGCACCGACAUUCCUUUGUAUUUCCUUACUCUCCUUUACCGUCGCCAUUUCACAAGCUCGCAAUGCCUAUCCAUCACCCGCUCGUUUGAGGCACAAGAGGCUCGACUCUUCCCUGACGCUCUCCGAUUUAUUGGGGUCUCUUACCAGUAUUUCGAUUGAUACGUCGGUGGUUCUUCCUACUUCCGUGGCAUCCAUUCCGUUGCCUUCUGUCACACCCCAGACGUCCAUGCUUUCGCUCCCCACUUCUAUUCAGUCUAGCAUUCCCUUGGCGACACCUACGACUUCUACGUCACAGCCUGUAGCCGCGCUUACUUCUCAGUCACCGAAUCAGGUUGCAACAUCGUCUGCGGCGUCUACUACAACCUCUUCAUCCACCACUGCGGCGCAGUCUGCGACGUCGUCAACUUCCACGUCUGCACAUCUUGCUCCCGUCGCGACACAAUCUACAUAUUCAGGGUCCGGUGGCUCCGGGGAUUCCUCUGGUGUGACUGUGACCCUUACUACACCCGCUCCGAGCAGUUCGUCCUCUGCGUCCGGGCAGUCGUCAUCCGGUUUCUUUUCUAAUACUGGUGCAGUUGCCGGUACCUUCACUGUGGCCGGUCUUUUCGGACUUGCAGGUGUUAUCGGAGUUGGCAUGUUCAUUGCCAAACGCCGUCGUUCGAGACAAGAUGACGAUGACAUAGAAUUUUUCGACAAACAUCAUGUCGAAUCAGAACCUCAAUUUCAGUCGAGACAUACCAUCGAAGACGACCCCACCCCUACUGAGAUGGGUCACUACGGAGACCCGAUGGCUGUCUCUGCUCCUCCAGCCACAUAUUAUCCUGAUUAUGGCUAUGAUGCAACGCGCACUCCACACAUACAGGCUAGCUACUAUGGUCAGCACGCGUACGCUGCGCAAGGAUAUGGCUUCUCACAUCCCCAAGAUCUCGGGAACCUGCCAAAUCCACAUGAUUUUGUAGGCGUUGACCUCGGUCAACCGCACCCGUACUCUGGUGAUAUUCAAAACGUAUCGCAGCCAUCUAACCAGCAGACCUCGCAAAUGGUUCCUGUGGACAGCCCUGCGGAUCCCCGCCUGUCGGUAGACUCCUUCUAUACUGGCAUCGUUGAUACCCCCGGGCCUCCAGGCGAGGCCCUGUAGAAUUUGGUUCAUACUCUUCUCCGCUUAUUUGGUCCCAUCGUGGUGGUGUUCUUAUGGAUAUUUAUGCUUCUUUUAGCCUCUUCGUGACAUGUGUACUUACCAAUACAGAUCGCGCAACAUAACCCCCCCAGUUGUCAGUGCGUUCCGACGUCAAAGAGAUUAGGCAAAUGGCGAUAUAUAUAUUGUGAUACAUUAGUAGAUGGGAUCUUACAGUACUGUUUGAAAGGAUGCAAUGACUUUCGUCUUGUUUCCGACUCC